AUGCAGAAGUCCGCACAGGAAGUAAACCCUAAACUGCCGGAUUUCCUCCGCUAUAACUGCCACCAGCCUGAGACUACUCAAACAUCACCCAACGCAGCACGACCAGCUCACAAGAUUGGCAUGACGCGUGCGGUGUCUCCAGAGCGCAAGAGAGAGUACAACCGUAGAUAUGAGCGCAAACUGCCACCCGAGGCCAAACAGAAACGUCGAGAUGCCCAAGCUGCUUGCAAACGAAAAUUACGUCAGCACAGGAGCACUGCCCGGGCACUGGCAGAACCACCCCAGCCGGCAAAUACUUUGGCCGCAACUGGAAUACUCUCACCUGCAUUUUCCUGGACACCUUCUCCAGUCCAGGAUAAAACAGCAGAUGGGAUCCAUUCACAAACCCACAAUUUUCCCCAGCAUGCAGUGGCAUCAGCAAAUGAUCCAGGAAUGAGGGGACUCGAUCUGGCCUCAGGUAUGCUGGGCACACAGGUUCCCCUGGAGACGGAGGUAGUGACAUGGGAUGAUGGUCAUAUCACCAUAUUGCCCACUAUAAUGCGAGAUGGACAAAAUAUAUUGAUCGAAGACCUUCGCCUCACAAAGAAACUUGCGGCAGUUCCUGCCUCCAAAUCAGGGUCCAAAUUUGUGACCCAUCUAAAUGGGGCCAUUACAGAAAAUGAGUUAUUAUUAAUAGAAAUUCGGUCUAGUCUUGCAGCAGGAAAGUGCGUUAUUGUGCACGAGGCAGUGAGGCCUGGGCCCCUAAACCUUACAAUGGAAUAUCUGGAAAAGCGUUAUGGAAUUCAUGCCACUAUGCCUGUGGAUAUACAUGACAUGGAGCUUCAGGCCAAACAUCCUGCUCAACCUCAUGUCCCUGGGGUGAUGAGAGAUUUGAUUUUGGGCAUAAAUAAUCAAAAUGAGCACAGAUAUGUUCUGGAUUGUCCUAUAGCAGUAGGUCUGCCCCCUGAACUGGUUCCCCUAGAUGAGGGUCAGAUGGCCUGGCACAGGACCAUCAAGGAUUGUCCAUGGCCAUGGCCAUGGCCAGGUAUACAUCUCAGUACCCCAUGUGCCUCAGUGUCCCAGGGUGGGGUACUGAUUCCUCCAUGCCAUGACUCUAAGGGACAGAAUGCCUAUUUCUUUCCAGUCAUUGGCAUCCAACUCCGGACACUUCUUUUCCCAAAGAUCCCCCACGAUGGUAAAGUGCCUUUUGAAGCAACAAAAUUCCUCUGCAGCCCUCAUGACCUGGAUGAUUAUGAUGCGGAGACUGUGACUGUAUAUCCUGGAGAUUUGCUAAUCCAGCCACCAGGCCAACUACAUGCAGAAUACAAUCCCAAUCCUGUUUUGGCACAUGGGGGUCAUUUUUUUACAUAUGGAACACUCUAUCACACGCACAGCUCAAGAUCUCUGGAAGUCACUCCAGGCAACAACAGUCAAGCUCAAGAAUGCACAGAUGAGACCUUAUGGCGGAUGGCUGCUCUCAUUCCAUGGCUGCCACCUGACAAACUGUUAGGCAAGUGCUUGCAUGCCAAACCACUAUUGGCGCUUUGUUCUAUGGUUCUUAAGCCCAGAAAAUAUAUGGGACAGAGCUUAGUAACAACAUCCCACAAGAAAAAACAACCCAUAGCCUUACGAUCAUCCAGCUACACCCGUGCCUGUGCAGUUGUUACAAAGAUUCUACAACACCUGGACAUUUGUCCACAAGAUUUGCCUGCUAUGCUGAAAGACCUCACUUCAUUUGAGGAUAUGGGAGAAGUCAUUGAUCUUGGCAGAUGUCUCUCAGAAUUUACCCAUACAGUGUAA